UUUUUGGCGGUUUUUCUGUUUGUAGGCUAAGUAAAUUUAGGAAUUUGUUUUAAUUAAAUAAAGUAUUUUUAUGCCUGGAAUUUAGUAAUUUUACGGAUUAAAAAUGUCAAUUACUCACGAACCUUUGCGAUAUGCCCACGACGAAGGGCAUACAGACGUCUGUUAUUCUGAGGACGGCGAAAACUUUAUAACAUGUGGAUCUGACGGAGAUAUUCGUAUAUGGUCUAUAAACGAAGGCGAAGAUCCACAUCAUACUUGUAUAGGAGAAUGGGCUCUGAGUGUCCAACAGAAAAACGAUAAGCUCUAUGUAGCGACUGGAAGUAAUGAAAUUCAGAUAUUGACUCAUCCCGAAGGUGAAAGAGACGGUGUACUUACCCGAUCUACCGAUCCUUUCAAUCAGCUGGCUACAUGUAAAAAUAAAAAUCUUAUCGCCAUAGCUAGUGAGGGUAUGGAAGUGAUAGUAAUGGAUCUGGACAGCAAUUCAACUGUAGCAGCGUUUAAAGAACUACCUGGACCUUGCCUGAGUGUAGCAUUAUGCCCGAAUGCAACUAAAGUGGCAGCUUCUUGUGGAAAUGGCAGUCUUUAUAUUUGGGAACUUCAAACAAACAGUCUUUUAAAAGAGAUAUCCUGCUUUCCUAAAGUUAAUAGUUUUGCCAAUGCUAAGAAUUUAUGUAGAUUAGAUUUUUAUCCAAUAGACGGAAAGUACUUAGCUUAUCCAAAAAAUAAUUCUGUUAUAUUGCUGAACACUGACACAUGGAAUGAAGAGGUUUUAAAUCAUGAAAAAAUAUCUGCAGAUUAUUCGGUUCUUCAAUUUUCAUAUUGUGGCAAAUAUUUAGCUGCAGCUUCUGUUGAAGGUGAUUUUGCAAUAUGGAAUGUUGCACAGAAAAGUAUAUUUACAACUAGUAAACAUGAAAGCUCUAAACCUGUGUGUGGCCUCAAUUGGAGUCCUAGAAAUAACGGUAAAAUAGUUUACACAGAUAUCGAGGGUCAACUUAGUAUCAUGUCUAAUUGUUCUAAAAUGGAAAUGGUCAGUGAAACCAAUGAGCCUGAGAUUGAGAAUUUUACGGAAAACGAAGUGGAUUUUGGUGAUGUAAAUUUUGAUGAUGCUGAUGAAGAUAAUGAAAAUGCAGUAUCAGUUGAAAAAUUAAAACAACAAUAUUUGGGAAGUCCGGAAUCUGAGCUUAAAGCUCUCAGUGAAGUGUCAUCAAGGGCUCCAACUCCAAGACCUAGAACUCCAGAAGUACCGUUACAAGAUCCGUUUAUGCCAUCUUCAACCCCAGAACAUCUAGAUCCCAGAUAUUUGUGUUACAAUGAAGUCGGGGUGAUAAAAAGUUAUGGAAACAGUGCAGACAGUACCGAAAUGGCAUCAAAAACUAUCGAAAUAGAGUUCCACGAUUCCACAUUUCAUAACAGCAUAAUGUUGCAGAAUUAUCAGGAAUAUACGAUGGGUGCUGUAAGCAAAGGCGCCCUAGUUGUAGCCAAUAACAAUCAAAUUAUGGUAAUACCGAUGCUCUCAGGCAACAAGGAGUGGAAUUUAAAGGUCGAAGAGUACGAAGAAAUAAUUCUAGUCGCCUCCUCAGAAAACCUAGUUUGUUUCGCCACUUCCGGGUAUAUAAUAAGGGUUUGCUCAGUCUACGGGACUCAGAGGGGAAUAGUUUCCGUUCCGGGACCCUUAGUAUCUAUGUCGGCUUACAGAAAUGUUCUUCUGGUAGCUUACCAUUCGUCGGGCAUUCGAAACAAGGACCAGUGCAUCAAUAUCAAGCUGUUUGAGUUCAAAGGUACGCGAGUUGAGUGCCACGAUCUCGGUUCAGCCCUGGGUCCCGAGUCUACGCUAUUUUGGCUGGGUUUCUCCGAUUCUGGAACGCCCGGUAUGAUGGAUUCUUUGGGGAUGUUGAGUUUGUACCCUCCGAAGUGUAAUACUUGGAUACCCUUCUGUGAUACAACCAGACACCGUAAAAGUCCGGCAGAUGGGUUCUUUGUAACGUCAGUUUUCGAAACAUAUCAAGCUUUAGGUGGUAUAAAAUGCAAAGGUUCCGCUUAUCCUGGGUUUAUACCUAAACCCACUCUCUGUGAGUUGCCUUUGGAGCCUCCUUUUGCUGAAAUUAGUACAGAAAAAACUCAAAUGGAGAUGAGCCUGUAUACGUGGUCUAAUCUGAAAGUAAUGGACACUGACAAAAAAUUCAAGGAGACUGCACUGAAGACUUUUGCCUUGGCAUGCAAAAAUGAUCUCGACCAAAGAGCCUUGGAAGUGAUAGAAAUAAUAGGAAACGCUCAAAUACUGAAUUUAGGCUUGAAAUACGCUUCGAAAUUGAACAAAAGGAGAUUGGCAGAGAAAUUGAUGGAAUUGGCUGGAAGUCUUCAAGCGGAAGAAAAAGCUGAAGAAGACUCAACACCGAUAGUUGUAAAUUCUGGCAUCGAGAGGCAACAGAAUAUUGUAAAACCUCAAACGAUUAAUAGAUUGAGUUUGUCAAAAUUAUCAGGAAAGAAACAUAGAAAAUUCAAAAAUGAGUCUCAAGUGGAGGAAAGUCAACCAGAUAACAGUGAAAACAACAGUUCUGUGGUGAAUACUCAGGAAUCAUUGUUUAGUGAAUCCGAAUCCAUUGUUGAAUUGACGCCAAAAAAUCCGUUUUUGAAGAGAGCAAAUGCUGAAUCAGCUCAGGAUGAUUCGCAGGAUUCGGCAUCGAAAAAUCCUUUUGCAAAAAGACUGAAAAAUGGUCAAACGAACAGUCCUUUGAGUUUGACAGAUAAAUUUGCCGGUUUAGAGGAAGAGACACCCGUUAAUAGUAAAGCCCAACAAAAUUCAGAGAAUGGAGAAAAACGAAAAUUAUCUGACUCGGAUACGCAAGAGAAACAAGUGGAAAAACAACGAAAACUUGACAAAUUUAUGUUCAGCAAAAGAUAGGGUGAAUCAAACCAAAAAACUUACCCAUCUAAUUUGACUCUCGCUGGUGACCGAUCUCCAGAACUUGGCAAAGUCCUUGUAAAUAUCUGUGACCACCUGUCCGACCAGCAAAUAACUCAAAGAAUUGACAGCUUGA